CUUUUGGGAUCUAUAAUUGUUCGCGUCUUUCUCCCCACUCUUCCACUUUUUUUCUUAUUCUUGUGCUUGCCAAUAUUAUACCUCAAAUGGCGUCCAAAAUACUUUCUCGGGCCGUGUCCCUUCCUGCUGGAACCUUUCGCCAUGUUAAAACCGCUACUCCUGUUGGAUUGAGACACUAUGCCACCGACGCUGAAAAGAAGGCUAGAAUUAAUCAAUACAGUGCCAACAUUACUCAGCCCAAGAGUCAGGGUGCCUCGCAGGCCAUGUUGUACGGCACUGGUUUGACUGAUGCGGAUAUGGGCAAAGGUCAAGUCGGUAUCUCGAGUGUUUGGUAUGAAGGCAACCCGUGCAACAUGCACUUGAUGGAUCUGGCCCAAAAAGUCAAGGAAGGUGUUCAGGCUGCCGGUUUGAUCGGUUAUCGAUUCAACACGAUCGGUGUCAGUGAUGGUAUGUCGAACGGUACCGCUGGUAUGAGCUUUUCGCUCCAGUCGCGUGAUAUCAUUGCCGACAGUAUCGAAACCGUCAUGUGUGGUCAAUGGUACGAUGCAAACAUUUCCCUUCCUGGCUGUGACAAGAACAUGCCUGGUUGUUUGAUGGCUAUGGGUCGUGUCAACCGUCCUUCGUUAAUGGUGUAUGGCGGUACUAUCAAGCCUGGUAAAGGCUGUGGUGGCGAGACGCUCGAUAUUGUCUCGGCUUUCCAGGCCUACGGUGCUUAUGUCAGUGGUCAGAUCGAUGAAGCCAAGCGCUACGAUAUCAUCCGUAACGCUUGCCCCGGUCCUGGUGCUUGUGGUGGCAUGUAUACUGCCAACACCAUGGCCUCUGCUGCUGAAGCUAUGGGUAUGACCUUGCCCUACAGUUCUUCGACGCCCGCGACCUAUCCAGAGAAGAUUCAGGAAUGUUUGGAAGCCGGCAAAGCCAUUCGCAACUUGAUGGAAAAUGACAUCAAGCCUCGCGACAUUAUGACCCGUGCUGCUUUCGAGAACGCUAUCACGCUGACCAUGGUUUUGGGUGGUUCGACCAACGUUGUUCUUCAUCUGAUUGCUAUUGCCCGUAGUGUGGGCAUCAACUUGGACUUGGAGGACUUCCAGACCAUCAGUGACAAGACCCCCUUCUUGGCUGACUUGAAGCCUAGUGGCAAGUAUGUGAUGGAGGAUAUUCACCACACUGGUGGUAUUCCCGCCAUUCUCAAGUACUUGAUGGAGGAGAAGAUGAUUGACGGUAAUGUUCUGACUGUUACCGGCAAGUCCUUGGAAGAAAACUUGCACUCCUUGCCUGGAUUGCCUCAUGGCCAGGAUGUCAUUCGUCCCUUGUCAAACCCCAUCAAACAGACCGGUCAUAUCCAAAUUUUGCGUGGUAACUUGGCCCCUGAAGGAUCUGUUGCCAAAAUUACCGGUAAAGAAGGUCUGGAUUUCCGUGGCAAGGCGCGUGUCUUUGAUGGUGAAGAAGAUUUCGUCGUUGCCUUGGAAAACAAUGAAUUCAAAAAAGGUGAAAAGACUGUCAUUGUCAUCCGUGGUGAAGGUCCCAAGGGUGGUCCAGGCAUGCCUGAAAUGUUGAAGCCUACUAGUGCUAUCAUGGGUGCUGGUCUUGGUAACGAUGUUGCUAUGCUUACUGACGGCCGUUUCUCUGGUGGUUCGCACGGUUUCAUUGUCGGCCACGUGUCCCCUGAAGCUCAGGUCGGUGGUCCCAUUGGUCUUUUGAAGGAUGGUGAUAUGGUCAACAUUAGCGCUGUAAGCCGUGAAAUCAACGUCGAGGUUUCUGAUGAAGAAUUGGCCAAGCGUAAGGCUGAAUUCGUUGCUCCUCCACCCAAGUACACUCGUGGUACUCUUGCCCGUUAUGUCAUGACAGUCAAAAGCGCCAGUGAAGGUGCUGUCACUGAUGAAUUGUAAAACGGAAUACAUCACAUUCUUAUACACACACUUUUUUCCCCUCACAUUUAAUUUCUGUUUCUCUCGCACCUUCUUCAUUCUAUCAUCCAUAUUCGAUAUCAUUCUAUGUACAAAAAGAAAGAAAAGUUUUUAUUUAUGCCUAAAAUAAAAGAAAACAAGCAAUUUGCUAAUUAGUAAUAUAUUUUGU